CAAUGAGCGAUAAUUUGCAAUGUUGCAACCCAAAUUUCCGAACUUUGUUUGCCACAAAGAGACGAUGAGGCAGGGCGCUUGGGUGCGGGAUGCGCGCACAGCGCUGCUGCUGGUGCUAGUGGUGAUGUGUUUCCUCGUCGCCAUCGACCACAAGAACUUGGUGGUCAGGAUACAGCAGCACCAGGCAGAUGUGGAGCAGCUAUCUUCCAAAUUGAGACAGGAAUCCAUGAGACGACCUGCGGGCGCACGGAGCUUCAGCCCAAGCCAAGAAGGCAUUUUCGUGGUUACGCCAACGUACACGCGCAAGUCGCAGCUGGUGGACCUUACGCGGUUGAAACAGGCGCUUCAGCUCGCCAGUCAAAAGCACAACCUGUUGUGGAUUGUGGUGGAGGAUUCAGACACAAAGACAGACCUUGUGACACAUUUCUUCGAUUCCUGCGAAGUGCCCUACGUCCACCUCAACAUCAAAGAAGAACAUCCACCCUACAAGUUCAAGGCGAACACGCAACGCAACUUGGGCAUAUCGUACAUCCGGUCUAUGAAGAACGUCAACUCAAACUCAAAAGUCUACUUUGCAGAUGAUGACAACGCAUAUGACGUGCGAUUAUUUGACGAAAUCGCAAAGGUGAAGCGGGUUGGCGUAUGGCCGGUUGCGUACUCGGGCGCACGACGCGUGGAGACGCCGCUCGUCACAAACGGAACGAUUACGGGGUUCGCGUCGUGGGUGACGGAGGCGCGAAAGCGGUUCCCCUUUGACAUGGCCGCGUUUGCCGUGUCAGUUGAGUUCUUCCUGCGCGAUAAGCCGGUGCUGUUCACGCCGCUCGCAGCGAGCGGGACGGGGGAGGCAGCGUUCUUGGAGGCGACGGGGCUGGAUACGAAGGACCUGGAGCCCCUUGCCGACGACUGCACCAAGGUGUACGUGUGGCACGUCAAGACAUACACGCGUUCCGAGGAGCAGUACGACAAGGACUCGGCCCACAUUAAAUACGUCUGAGAUAUGGCAUGUUCUCGCUCGCACGUCUUUCUUGCUUUGCUUUUCUUUGGACUAGGUUUGUGUGCGCGCGCGCGUGUGUGUGCAUGCGUGUG